AUUAAGUCGUGUCCAGACUCAGCUAGGAGCCAUGACUGUCGAGGGAGAAGAAAUUUCACUGCGGCCGCUGCGCCCGGGUGGCAACGCGGCCAACCCGUUUGCCAGCUUCGGCAAGGGUCUGGGCUUUGGCAAGGGCAAGAAAGCUGCGGCCCCGGUUGUGGAGGACAAGCCGCCCAAGAAGAACAGCGAGCGGGUCCGGUAUCCCAAGGACUUCCUGCUCAAGUUUAUGGAGAAGUACAACAGCUGCCCGAGCGAGCUGGAGCAGCUGAACCUGGACUGUGUUGUGACCGGCGAGGACCGCCAGGCGCAGCAGGAGGUGCUCCAGAAAGUCGCGGAGGAGAUUGAUGACCGCGACUGGCGCUCGCGCACAUCGGUGGGCAACUACCGCGAGGAGCGCGAGUUCCGGGAGCCCAAGCAGCGGGAGGCCAGGGAGACGGCGGAGCCCCGCCAGCAGCAGGCCCGCCAGGCGCCCGCGCCCCGCGAGGCUGCUCCUCAGCAGGCGCAGCAGCAGGCGCAGCCCGCGGCGUCUAGCGGCCCUAGCGGUGAUGAGCAGGCGCUGGUGUCGAUCAGCGACAGCGCGGAGCGCGACGAGGCUGAGCGCAAUGUGAAGAAGCGCGUGCUGGGUAACAUGCGCCUGAUGUCGGAGCUGUACAAGCAGGAGAUGGUCAAGGACUGGAUUAUGGUGACCUGCAUUGACGAGCUGCUGCUGGCGCGCGCCACCAAGGGCGCCAAGGUGCCGCCGGAGGAUAACAUCGAGGCCGUGCUGGAGAUCGUCAAGCUGUCGGGCAUCAAGCUCUCGAAGAGCGAGAAGCCGGAGACGCUGAAGAAGCUCGACAAGGUGGUGAAGGAGCUGGAGCGGCUGCACAAUGACAAAAACAAUGGCAUCUCCACGCGUGUGCGUCUGGCAAUUCGCGAAAUCCUGGAGCUGCGCAAGGCCAACUGGAUUCCGCGCCGGGAGACGUACACUGCCAAGAAGCUGGACGAUGUCCGUGCGCAGGCGGAGGCGGAGCUGGGCAUGAUCAGCUCCAGUAUCGCGGCGUCGCUGCCGCAGCUGGGCUCCGCCAUGCCGCGGUACGGCGAGGCUAUGGGCGCGAUGGGCGGCCGCGACGACGGCGGCUUCGGCCUCAUACCCCCGCUGCGCGCGGACGGCGACGUGCAGCUGUUCCCCGCUUUCCGCGGCGACGCGUCCUCCGACCGUGGCGGCUUCAGCAGCGCGGGUGCCGGCAAGGGCGCCAGCGCGCUGCUGGGCGACUACACGCCGCCGCCCGUGCGGGUGCAGCUGCCCAUGCGGACGGAGCCCGCGCCGCAGGUGGCGCAGCAGGAGCCCGUGGCGCCCUCUCGGCCCGCCGCUGUGGCCCCUGGCAAGGCGCUCAGCGAGGAGGAGGUCGUCCGCAAGUCGCAGAGUCUGUACCAGGAGUUCACCAGCACGCUGGAUAAGGCGGAGGCGACGACAUGCGUGCGGGAGUUGGGGUCGCAACAUCUAGCAAAGGUUGUGGAGAUUGGUCUGGACCAGAUCUUCAACUCGCUCAAGGAGAAGGAGCAGGACGCGCUGCUGGACCUGCUCCUGCACUUGCACGAGGCGGGCGCCAUCACUAGCGAAAACGUGGUGGACGCGCUCACCACCUUCACCACCCAGCUGGAAGACCUCAGCAUGGAUGUGCCCAAGGCGCCGCAGCUACUGGGCCGCUUCUACGGCUCGUGCGUGUCGCGCAACAUCGCGUCGCUAGACCUGCUGCCGCAGCUGAUGGAGGGGGAUGCCUCGGUGGAGCCCAAGCGCCGCUUCAGCGGGGCGGCGUUCAAGGUGCUGCGGGGCGCCAAGGGCGACGCGGGGCUCACCAGCCUGUGCUCCGAGGUGGGUCUCACUGCCAGCACCUUCCUCACUGCGGACCCCGAGUUCGACAAGGACGAGCCGGCGCUGGAGGAGUGGCUGAAGAGCGAGGGCCUCACCGGCCUGGUGCCGCUGUGAGCGCGGCACGCUGUUUGAGCGUGGGGCUGAGCGGCCACGGGGCAAGGAGGAAGCGGAGGGGCAGCAGGAGUCAGGCGUGUGGCGUUGAGGGGGAAAGAUGCGUAGGGCAGACAAGCCCAGCGCGUGUGCGAGAGGAAGCACUGCGAAGACGUUUAGGCAGGUGUUGGUGGUCGGGUACAGAGGUUUGUGUGUCAGGUGCAACAGGUUUCGCUCAUUACGCAGUAACCCGCACCAGGGAUUAGCAGUGUCGUCUGCCGUGUACGUUGGCUUUCGUGUUGUCGAGGGCUACCUGGGUGUCUGACGGUUGGGCGAGUAGGUUGCCAAGGGCGGUCUGCCGUGCUGUCCGCGAUGCGCCUGCUUCCGCCGGAGGAUGCCGGAGUGCUUGUGUGUUACCGAGUGCGGUGAGCGUUUAUGGACCGGACUGGCCACGAGGCUGAACGGCAUUGACUGCACACAAGUUGCUAGGGGGCGCCGCAAUAGGACAUCACGUGAUGUGAAGCAUUGAGCUGGGCAUCCCUGUGCUUCAUGAAGGAAGGACGCGCGGGCGUGCAGGCGCCCCCAUUGUGGGGCCCGGAGGCCUCGUUUUAAGGGGACUCCUGUAAGCUACCGCGGAGUUU